AACAAGACUUUGGACUCCAAGACCCAAAGAACCGAAAGCCAAGAGACAAUGCUGGGAUUCGGACAACAACUAAUGCUGCUGGCGAUGGCCUGUUUGGCUCUACAGACGGCCCACGGAUGGUUUUUGCCCAAGCUGGAUGCGAAACUGGAGGCCAAGAAGCAGAAGGAGCUGCUCAAGAAGCUGGAUUUCCUCAAUUUGUUCACCGAAAAGGAGGAGGCCAAGCUGGAGAAGAAGGAGGACGAGUGGGAGAAGUUCAAGCAGUGGUGGGAGGAGAAGAAGGAGAAGGAGUUGUCCUUCUUCGAGGCCAAAAAGGAGAAGGAGCUGGCCUUCUUCGAGGGCAAGCUCUCGAAAAAGUCGGGCAAAAAGAGCAAGUCCAGGAAGACCACAGUGAAGCCUUGCUAUGGCUACGGCUAUCAGGAGCCAGCGGCGACCGCCAACUAUUAUUCCGAGGAGGUGACCGCCGAGGAGUACGAGGAAUCGGAAUCGUCCGAGGAAGUCACUGAGAAGCCCCGCCGAAAGUACUACGAACGCAGACCCACCUAUUCGCAGCCCACAAUUUACGAUGUGAGGGACGAUUCGGCGGAGGGCACUCGCUACUUUACCUGAAAGGACCCAGCUAAUUGGCUCGGAUGGUUGGAUGCUUGGAUGCUCGGAUGGAUGGAUGGAUGGAUGGACGGAUAUUUAUUUAUUGCAUUUUCCCCGCCCGUCAUCGUUGUCGUGUCGUGUCGCUCUCUUUCUUUCUUUUUUACAUAAUUACAUUUUUAAUAAAUAUAAUUAAAAUUCA